GUUGUUUCAUCUUCUUAUUACAACUUACAAAACAGCAAACACAAAGUCAAUAAAAUAAAAAUCUGAAAAGCCAUGGAAACACUGACCUCUGCUGGCACAACUACAAUAGUAUCUUCAUCCCCUUCUCUCUCCAUUUUCUCUCCUAAAUCCAAACAUCUUUCUCGUAAAUUUGUCAAGUUUUCCGUUUCACGCAAAAAUAAUGGAAAUGAGCCCGAUCUUCAGUCUGAUGCUAAUGAUUGCACCAGCAUCGUUCCCAUUUUCAACAAUCCUACUCUCUCCAAGGAUGCAGCUAUGGGUUUGGUCCUUAGUGCAGCUAAUGUAAGAGGUUGGACUACUGGCUCAGGCAUGGAGGGCCCACCUGUGCCUGCUGGUUCGGAAUCCGAAUCCAAUACAGACCAGAUUUCCACCUUCCCUUGGUCUCUCUUUACUAAAUCUCCACGAAGGCGUAUGCGUGUGGCCUUUACUUGCAACGUUUGUGGCCAACGCACUACUCGUGCCAUCAAUCCCCAUGCUUAUACUGAUGGCACUGUUUUUGUCCAGUGUUGUGGAUGCAAUAUAUUUCACAAGCUUGUGGAUAAUUUGAACCUGUUUCAUGAGAUGAAAUGCUACGUGAGCACAGACUUCAAUCCAUAUCCGGACAAUGAUAUUGGCUUCAAGUAUUUUGAUAUGGAUGAUGACAACGACGACGUCUUUCCCCUUUUGUAAGGUCUGGUAGAAGGAUGUGUAAAGAUUAGGGUGUUAUACAUUCCCUUGCUUCUAUUAGGAAAUUUCUCUCUUCAUGAGUUGUAAAUAACAAGUAUACCCUGUUUAUAUGUGUGAGUUAAUAAUUGAAUCUGUACAAAUUGAAAUAUGCACAUCUAUGUCUUAUCUUUGUUUCUCUUGAA